CUGCUCUUUUCUCCGUCACCCGUUUUGGCUGACAACACAGAUAGCCAGCCAUCUCGUCGUCAACAACCCAACCUUUCCCUGAAGAAUCCCACCAACGCAACAUACCAAUCUCAUUGAUUUUGAGGGGUGGGUGGCGAAAGAAAGGCCUGCCAUGGUGAUGGCCCUGACAGCCGCCGCCGCCGCCGCCACCAGACCACCACCACCAACACCAAGAACUACUCCUCUUUCUUCACCUCAAUUAUUACUCAAACCCUCCUCCUCUGCUUCACUGUUUCCGACCGCAACUACUUCUACUCUCUCCCUCUUUGCUCUCUUUGCAUCCCCUCCUGAUGCCAAAGCCCUCGACAAAGAUCAGAUGCUCUCCUCUCUCACCCAAGUGGAGAAGAUAAUUGAUCAAGUUCAGGGAGUGGGUUCGAAUGUUGUCGACGCGGCGCAGCGUGCUUUCCAGGUUACGGCGGAAACCGUGAAGCCUGGCGUUGAUGCGGCACUGCCAAUCCUAAAGCAGGCCGGGGAACAGGCGUUGAAGAUUUCUUCUCCGGCGGUUUCCGAGGCUUCCAAGAAAGCCCAGGAAGCAAUUCAGAGCUCUGGUUUCGAUACACAGCCUGUUGUAACUGCUGCUAAGACAGUUGCAGAUGCUGCACUAGAGACCACCAAGGUGAUUGAAGGUGCCAAGCCUAUAGCCUCAUCAACAGUAGAGACCAUCUUGUCAGCAGACCCUGUUUCAGUUCUAGGAGCUGGUGGAGCAUUAUUCCUUGCAUACCUAGUUGUUCCUCCUAUCUGGUCUGCCAUUUCUUUCAGCCUUCGUGGGUACAAAGGUGAGCUCACUUCUCCUCAAGCCCUUGAUCUCAUGUGUACAAGUAAUUAUCUAAUGAUCGAUAUUAGAUCAGAGAAGGACAAGAACAAGGCUGGUAUUGCUCGUCUUCCAUCUACUGCUAAAAAUAAAGUGAUUGCGAUCCCUUUGGAAGAAUUACCAAGCAAACUAAAAGGCCUUGUCCGAAAUGCAAAGAAAGUAGAAGCUGAAUUAGCAGCUUUGAAGAUCUCGUAUCUGAAGAAGAUAAACAAAGGAUCCAACAUCGUCAUCAUGGACUCGUACUCGGAUUCAGCCAAAAUUGUUGCAAGAACGCUGACAAGUCUUGGCUUUAAAAACUGUUGGAUUGUGGCCGAUGGAUUCUCGGGAAGAAAAGGGUGGUCGCGGAGUGGGUUAGGAACAGAUUCAUACAACCUAUCUUUCGCAGAGGUUUUAUCACCAUCUCGGAUUAUCCCGGCUGUCCAACGUCUUGGUACAGUGAGCUCUGGAAAGCUUCUCCCGGGGGGUUCUGAUUAACUCUUUGCUCUUCUUUUUGUCAUUUAUGGUGAAUGUAUGCCAAAUGUUAAUGUUGGUUUAGCUUCUAGAGUCCUUUACCAGUUACCACUGUAAUUCAUUGACAAAUGCAAUUUAAUUGAUCAUCCAUUGCCCGUUUCAUAAA